AAGACGAAAUUAGACGACUAUGUACGAAUCACUCCUAAGGUAAAAUUAAUUCGCGCAAUGCGUCGAGAAGGAAUCGUUAGAGCAAGAUUAUUGCCCAUACCUCAUGUGAAGACUCCUAUAGUAUUGUAUCUUGAUAGCCACUGUGAAUGUGCUGAAGGAUGGUUAGAACCACUACUAAAACGCAUCAAAGAAAACCCAAACGCAGUAGUCAGUCCAGUAAUCGAUCAUAUCCACGAAACUACUUUUGAGUACAUCGCACAAGGGGUCAACGACCUCCGACUAGGAGGCUUCAAUUGGGACCUUCGUUUCAACUGGAUUGGUAUACCACAAGAGGAGUACGCAAGAAGAACCAAUCAUUUAGCUCCUAUUAGUACUCCCACAAUAGCUGGAGGACUUUUCGCAAUACACGUAGAUUUCUUCAAAAGAAUUGGGUACUACGACGAAGGUUUUGAAAUAUGGGGAGCAGAAAACUUAGAAUUGUCGUUCAAAACUUGGAUGUGUGGCGGGACUUUGGAAAUGAUUCCUUGUUCGCAUGUCGGACAUAUUUUUAGAAAGAGGAUACCGUAUGAGGAAACAGUAAAAACUUUGAAGAGGAAUUACGUGAGGUUGGCUACGGUAUGGCUUGACGAAUAUGCACAAUAUUACUUUGAAAGAAUUGGAAACGAUAAAGGUGAUUACGGCAACGUGUCUUCAAGAAUAGAACUCCGGAAGAAAUUAAAUUGUAAAUCGUUCAGGUGGUAUUUAGAAAAUAUUUACCCACAACUGGAAAUGCCUGAUAAGUUCGCUGCUAGUGGCCAAAUCUACAGUAUCAGCAGUCCUGGUAUUUGCUUAGACGCGCAGAUAGUAACUUUGGAUAGUUUCCAAGAUAAUGUCAAGCUAUUACCCUGUCACUUUCAAGGUGGAAAUCAGUUUUGGACGUACACCAAAAUUGGAGAAAUACGCCACGAUCAGUUAUGUCUCGACUACUUGUACAAUUCAAUCGCUUUGUUCUUCUGUAGGAAUACAGCGUCGCAAGUUUGGUUGUACAAUGAAAAGUCGCACACCAUAAGGCAUAUGCAGACUGAACAUUGUUUAAGUAUAGCGGAAUUCCCAGAAGGUUUGAAGGUCGUGUUGAUAACAUGCUCUCCAUCAGUAUCACAAAAAUGGGUCAUAGAACAUUUUAAAUACGAGAGACUGGAGGAACAAAUGCAACUUGGGAUAGCGGAAUAUCAAAAACUGACAAAUCUUUAGAGUAUUAUGCUGGACAAAAUAAUGUGCUAUUUUUUUUAAAACGAAAUAAUAAAUAAUUAUAAGUAUAGUAUGAGUGUACUGCAGUAAAUCUAUUUGAAGGCUUAGAUAAUUUAUUUUUAAAAUUAAUAUGAUAUGAAGCUGUUUAUUUUUCCAAAAGGUGAAAUACUCUUUAAAAUAAUAUUUGACGGCUUUUAUUUAUCAUUAUGAACUUUUGAACCCAUUGCUUAUAACGCAGGAAGAUGUCGCCAGCAAAAAUGUGUAGGACGUACGAUUUGUUACCGAAUUUCCUCAAAAUUAUAUGCCAAAGAAACCACAAGCCCUUUGAAAUACCCACGGGAAGAGGAAAGGUGGUAAUCCUGACCUCAAACCUCGUUAUGUACCUGAAAGAAUUUUAUUAUAGUCCUUUUUACUACGACUAACCUCAACCUCAAAUGAGGAGCGUUUGAGUUCAGAAGCAUUAUUGUGGUUUGAAGGAAAAAGCACCGUUACUAACACAAAGGAGAAUUUGCUUUGUUCCAAAUGUGAAUGCUGCCUUUAUUUUUACGAGCAAAAU